GCUUCUGUGCAGGUUCCGCUGCAUGUGCUGACAUCAAGGUGCUCGGAGGACUCAUACAUUGAACUGUUUUUAUAAUUACCAUUAUUGUGAACUGUUGUUGUUCGCGCGAGCUCUUCGUUUUCGUAGCAACUUCUCGUCCCUCCUGGAAAAGCCAGUGACUAUAUCGGCUAGAAGCAAUUCCGUCGGAAUUUUUUUAAUUGUAGAACAUUUGCCACGCAAACAUUUGAUUGCUGCUUAAGCAAAGUAUUACUUCAGACGUUAGGAGUAAGAAAAUGGUCAUGGAGGCAUCCCCUUCUCCACAAAAUGUCGGUCGUGAAUUUGUCCGACAAUAUUAUACUUUACUUAAUCAGGCUCCAGCACAUCUUCAUAGGUUCUAUAAUCAACAUUCUUCCUUUGUGCACGGAGGACUAGAUUCUAAUAGAGAAUCAACUCCAGCAAUUGGCCAGAAGCAAAUACAUCAGAAAAUUCAACAGCUAAACUUUCGAGACUGUCAUGCUAAGAUAAGUCAAGUUGAUUCACAGUUGACACUUGAAAAUGGUGUAGUUGUACAAGUAUCUGGAGAACUUUCUAAUGCGGGACAACCAAUGCGUCGUUUCACACAAACGUUUGUGUUGGCAAUACAAGCACCAAAAACAUACUAUGUACAUAACGAUAUAUUCCGUUACCAAGAUUUGAUCUUUCCUGACGAGGAGGAAGCAGAUGUAGCAGGUGUAGAGGGGGGUGUAGGUGAGUCCGGUGAGAGGGAAGGGGAAGAAGGAGGGCGUUCUGAGCCCGAGGAAGAUGAACAUCAAAAUCAAGGGCAGCAACUUUCAGCCCUAGCUACAGCCACAGAACCACAAGCCCAGCCACCACUUAUUCCUGCACAACAACCUGUACUUCAGCAACAGCAGAUGUACUAUGCGCCGCUACCGCAACAGUCUCAUGUGCACCCGGUAAUGCAACAAGUUUUAAAUGGUUCUGUUCACGAAGAAACCCCACUAAUUACCCAACAACCACCACUGCAACAACAACAGCAGCAGCCACCACCGCCACCACCUGCACAGCAGCACCAAUACAUCAAUGAACCCACAACACAAACACAGUUUGUACCGGAAACUGAACUAGAUAGCGUGGCUGAACAGCAACAGCAAACUGAAAACGAACAACAACAGACUCAGUCUACUGAAAACCUUGAGCAGCCUGAGCCUGAGACGUUCAAUUCUACUACACAAGAGUCUGAACCAGAACAUCAGUUGCCAAAUACGAAUGUGACCAGUAGUGGACCAAAAACGUAUGCCAAUCUUGUCAAAUCGUUUCCAAGUAGCACAGGUGCUACCAGUCCUCAGGCUCCAAAGUUGUCCACGUCGCCGCCUCCAAUGACGAAUUUGCGUUUAGAUGAUAGAUCACCGUUGCAUCCAACUAGUAGUGGACCUGUACUUGGCACAUCGAGUAAUGUUUCAACGCAACAACAACAGAGUCACAGAGUUGGGAACCAGCAGCCACAGCAACAACAGCAUCAACAGCAACGGGUUCCAAGAGGUGGAGCGGUACAACGAGACGGUGAUCGUCGUGGUACGAGGCAAAGUCAAUACAGUGACGCUCACCAACUAUUUCUUGGAAACUUGCCGCACAACGCAUCAGAGGAUGACCUACGACAAAUAUUUGAAACAUACGGUAGGGUAGUGGAGCUGCGUAUACAUAGUAAAUCGAACGACAGGUGUAAAGGACCGCAAGGAAAUAACACAGGAAAAGUGCCUAAUUAUGGGUUCAUCACCUUCGAAGACAAACAAGUUGUUAACACAGUGUUAAUGAACUUGCCGAUUUAUUAUCCUGCCGAAAAUCGACAAAAAUUAAAUGUGGAAGAGAAGAAAGUCAGGCCUAGAGGGACAAUGGAUGGAAGUGGUGGACGGUUAAAUUCAAACGAUGGUAAUAUGAGAGCAAUGGGCGGACCACAGCAGCAACAACAGCAAAGAGGUCCUGGUGGUCCUGGCGUGAUGCGUGGUGGUCAACAUGGUGCGAGAGGCGGUCGUGGUGGAUUCUCGCGAGGUGGCGACGGUACAAGGGGAGGUGGUGGAAUGAGGCAACCCGGGAAUCCUAGUAAUCCAAGCUACCAGAACCGCCGCUAAUACUUACAGCAAAGUUAAAGGCACUCCCGACUGUUUUUCUUCUUGAACAAGUCACCGGUAUAUAAUUACCAUCUUCAUUUCCAAAAACACAAAAUCCAAGACUAUCUCGUAUGCCACACUACGUGAUUAAAGGCACUGUCCUUUUACGCUUAAAAAAGCAACGCUUGCAUCGUUCGUCAAGCAACUGAACUGCAGAUGACGCAGCUCAAACUGUAUGGACCACGAACUCGAGUAGGAUCAAUCGGGUCUAUUGCAUUUAACUAUAAGUUUGUGGAUAGGGGGAUAAUUCAUUGAACAUUCAACCCAGUUCGUUGGAUAUUUGAUGAGAAACGCUACGAGUUCGUCCUGCAUACAUCGACGUCAAUCCACAGGACUCUUCAGAUCGAAAUACACAUCUACAUGUAUGCGUACAACGAGCGACGCGUGAUGAUCAUCCAGGUUUGAAACUUCGGCGUGUCUCGUCCCCGAGGUUUCUUCCAAGUCAACACACCCAA